AUGAGCACCCAACUCAAUGAGUUCUAUGUAGGACUUAAGACACUGGAAACAGUCGAGCCAGCAUCUGCAGCUUUAAAUUGGGUUAGUGUACGAAAUAGACUUAGCGAGAUAUUUAGGUCGGCGGAUACGCCACGAUGGGAAGUUCCUCACUUCAAGAAAGGAGAUGCUAUUUUCAAAUGGGCCGUGUACGUAAGUAGAGUUUACAGCCUAAACCUAAUCACGUGGGCACAAAUAGUCAAGGCCAUCGAAAAAACAGUCCCCCAUACAGCCCAGGCCGGAAAAGUCUUCGACCCCACGAAGCCGGAUAUUGAGCGUUUUGUGCAGAUCUGUAAAGCUUUGGCUGCUCAAGAGAAAGCCGGAGGAGGAUCACCACCUUCGCUAAAUAGGAAAACAGGAAACUCACUACUAACCACUACGAACCCAUUCAAACCUCGCCUGUACGUACUGCAAGAAGAAAGGGCAUAA